AUGGCGCCCAAAAAGAAGGAGGCCCCGCAGAAGAUGUCUCUGGGUGACUUCCUAAACGACUCGUCUUUCGGCGGAUCCUGGGCCGAUGAAGUCGAGGAUACCAUUGGCACUCAACCGCUGCCUCCUACCGAGCACUCCCGUGGUGGCAUGGGAUCGAGCUAUGGAGGUUAUGGAAGCUAUGGAGGUGAUCGAGGCGAUCGUGGUGAUCGAGGCUACCCUCCCCGUGACUCUGGGCCCCAGCAGCUCCCUACGAGGCCCCCUUACACCGCCCACCUCGGCAACCUCCCGUAUGAUGCGACUGUUGAGGCCGUCAACGACUUUUUGCCGAUUGUGGGAUUUGCCUACGUCGAAUUCCAGGAGCUAGACGGCUUGAAGAAGGCGCUUGAUCUUGAUGGCCAGACCCUAAACGGCCGGUAUAUUAAGGUCAAAAUCGCUGAUCCUCCCCGUGACCGAGGCGGUGGCGACUCUGGCCGUGAUUUGAGCGACUGGACCAGAAAGGGACCUCUUGCUGACCUACCCAGGGGAAAUGAAAGGCGUGAGUUUGGCGAGCGCCGCCAGGUUGACUUCAGUGAGCGACGCGCGCCUCGUGAGCCCCCUGUGGAUGACGGAAAGGUCCGGGACUUUGGAAACUGGGAACGUAAAGGGCCGCUGUCGCCCCUUCCCCAGGCGGAAGCCCCCGCCAUGUCUCGCGAAGGCAGCCGUGCCCGGAACAAUGCCGACCCUCUACGCAACCGUCAUCAAUCUCCGUCUUGGGGUGAGGGACGACCCGAAGGCGCCGCCCGCCCCGAAGGUGGUCGCCCUCAGCGCGAGCCCCGCGAAAAGCCCGAGAGGACUCCCACCGCUGCAGAGCGCGAUAUGCAGUGGCGCAGCAACAUGCGCACCUGCCUCCCCGCCCCGGCUCCUGCCGUUGUUGCCUCCCGGCCCAAGCUGAACCUCGCCAAGCGAACUGUUUCCGAGGCCCCCGAUGCGCCGUCUCCUACCGCCACCGGCGACUCAAAGGCGAGCCCUUUUGGCGGAGCCCGACCCAUCGAUACCAUGGCCCGCGAGCGUGAAAUCGAGGAGAAGAGGCUGCAGGCAUUGAAGGAGAAGAAGGAAUCAGAGGAGAAGGCCAAGGAGGAACGUCGACUCGCCAAGGAGGCCGCCGCCAAGGAAGCCGCCGAAAAGGAGGCUGCUGACAAGGAGGCUGCCGAAAAGGAGGCUGAGGAUGAAGCCGCCUCCAGCGCCGUUCCCACUACAGAAGAUGAGCCUAGCGCGAGUGUUGCCAGUGAGGCUGAGCCCAACGAGAAGACGGAUGACAGCACUUCGAAAGACCAAAAGUCUGCUCCUCGAUCCAGGGAGUCAAAGGAGCCAAAGGAGCCAAAGGAAGGUCGUCCCGACUUCAAGUCUCGAGCCACGGAAAGCGGUAACUGGCUGGCGCUCGCCGCGGCGGCGGCGGCGGUGCGCGUGGCGGCCGAAGUGAGAGCGCCGCGGGCCGCGGGCCAAUGGAUCCAGCGGACAGCCACCUGCCACUCCCGUGACGGCUGA